CAGGUGAUAGGCUUCUCACGUGACACGAGAAUUAUUAACCGUCCCGGCAGCCUUUGCGCCUUCUUUUUUUUCCGCUUUCCGGCGUCCAAGAUGUCGAAGCGAGGACGUGGUGGUUCAUCUGGUGCAAAAUUCCGCAUCUCUCUUGGUCUCCCUGUUGGUGCAGUUAUCAACUGUGCCGAUAAUACAGGGGCCAAAAAUCUGUACAUCAUCUCGGUCAAAGGGAUUAAGGGGCGUUUGAACAGGCUGCCGGCUGCUGGUGUGGGGGACAUGGUGAUGGCUACUGUCAAGAAAGGCAAGCCAGAACUCCGGAAAAAGGUUCAUCCAGCAGUAGUGAUCCGGCAGCGGAAAUCGUACAGGAGAAAGGAUGGGGUGUUCUUGUAUUUUGAAGACAAUGCGGGAGUGAUAGUCAACAACAAAGGGGAAAUGAAAGGUUCAGCUAUCACAGGCCCUGUUGCCAAGGAGUGUGCAGAUCUGUGGCCCAGGAUUGCCUCCAAUGCUGGUAGCAUUGCAUAAACCCAUCCUGUGCUUUUUGUAAAGAUCCAAUAAAAGUGGUUGUACCAAA